AUGAAUUCUUCCAUCCCUGACUGCACAUCAAAGUGUCGAUCCCUGACGCAUGCUCUGGACGUCCUUUCUGUGGUGACGAAGGGGAGUGAAAACCAGAUUAAGGCCUUUGUCUCCAGUCAUUGUUACAAUGCUGCAACCAUCAGGGAUGCCUUUGGCCGGAAUGCCCUCCACCUUGUUUCCUCCUGUGGAAAAAAAGGAGUAUUAGAUUGGCUUAUCGAGAAAGGAGUGGAUCCCUUGGUGAAAGACAAGGAGUCAGGAUGGACAGCUUUGCAUAGAAGCAUUUUUUAUGGACAUAUUGAUUGUGUUUGGUCUCUACUGAAGCAUGGUGUUAAUCUGUAUAUUCAAGAUAAAGAAGGCUUGUCAGCUUUGGAUCUUGUAAUGAAGGAUAGACCAACUCAUGUAGUAUUCAAAAAUACUGAUCCUACAGAUGUCUACACUUGGGGAGAUAAUACAAAUUUCACCCUGGGUCAUGGAAGCCAGAAUAGCAAACAUCAUCCAGAGUUGGUGGAUCUGUUUUCCAGGAGUGGGAUUUAUAUCAAGCAGGUGGUGCUUUGUAAAUUUCACUCAGUGUUUCUGUCUCAGAAAGGGCAGGUUUACACCUGUGGUCAUGGUCCUGGAGGACGAUUAGGCCAUGGAGAUGAACAGACAUGCUUGGUCCCUAGGCUUGUGGAAGGACUGAGUGGCCACAGUUGCUCUCAAGUAGCAGCUGCUAAGGACCAUACUGUUGUACUAACUGAAGAUGGGUGUGUCUAUGCAUUUGGUCUAAAUAUUUUUCAUCAAUUAGGACUCAUUCCUCCACCUUCCAGUUGUAAUGUACCCAGACAGAUGCAGGCAAAGUAUCUGAAAGGAAGGACAGUCAUUGGAGUAGCAGCUGGAAGGUUUCAUACCGUGCUGUGGACUAGAGAGGCUGUUUACACUAUGGGACUAAACGGUGGACAACUGGGUUACUUACUAGAUCCCAAUGGAGAAAAGUGCGUCACUGCGCCUCGGCAAGUCUCUGCCCUUCAUCAUAAGGACAUCACUCUGUCUUUGGUUGCUGCUAGUGAUGGGGCUACUGUCUGUGUUACCACAAAAGGGGAUAUUUACUUGCUUGCAGACUAUCAAUGCAAGAAGCUGGCUUCUAAACAACUGAACUUGAAAAAGGUUCUUGUAUCUGGGGGUCAUAUGGAAUACAAAGUUGAUCCUGAACAUUUGAAAGAAAAUGGGGGUCAAAAAAUUUGCAUUCUUGCAAUGGAUGGAGCUGGAAGGGUAUUUUGUUGGAGAUCUGUCAACAGUUCUAUGAAGCAGUGUCGAUGGGCCUAUCCACGCCAAGUCUUCAUUUCUGAUAUUGCUUUAAGUAGAAAUGAAAUUCUUUUUGUCACACAAGAUGGAGAGGGAUUUAGAGGGAAAUGGUUUGAAGAAAAAAGAAAGAGUUCUGAAAAGAAAGAGAUUUUAUCAAACCUUCAUAAUUCCUCACCAGAUGUGUCUUGUGUCUCUGAUAUAAAUAGUGUAUAUGAAAGAAUUCGACUUGAGAAACUUACUUUUGCCCAUAGAGCUGUUAGUGUCAGCACAGAUCCAAGUGGAUGCAACUUUGCAAUCUUGCAGUCAGAUCCUAAAACAAGCCUUUAUGAAAUUCCAACUGUGUCCUCCUCAUCCUUUUUUGAAGAGUUUGGCAAGCUUUUGAGGGAAACGGAUGAAAUGGACAACAUCCAUGAUGUGACAUUUCAAGUUGGCAGUAGACUUUUCCCUGCACAUAAAUAUAUUUUGGCAGUGCGUUCAGACUUUUUCCAGAAAUUGUUUCUUUCGGAUAGUACUGCAUUAGACUUCACAGAUGUUUACCGGAAAGAUGAAGAUUCUGCAGGCUGCCAUCUCUUUGUGGUAGAGAAGGUUCAUCCUGACCUGUUUGAAUAUCUUUUGCAGUUUAUAUACACAGAUACUUGUGACUUUUUAACUCAUGGCUUCAGACCAAGACUAAAUUUAAACAGAAAACCAGAAGGAUAUCUGGGCACUCCAAAUUGUCAUUCAAAUAAAAUGAAUUCCCAUGAAGAUAAUCAGAAGUCAGCAUUUGAAGUUUACAAAAGUAAUCAAGCUCAUACAAUUAGUGAAAAACAGAAGAGUAAAUCCAAAUCUUCCAAAAAAGUGAAAAGUGUUGGGGAAGAUGAUCCUGUAAAAAUGUUACAAAAUGUCGCAAAGAAAUUUGGUUUCAGUAAUUUAAGUAGUAGGUUAGAUGGAGUCAGAUAUGAAAAUGAAGAAAUUAGUAUCAUUGCCAAGAAAACUGGUAGUAAACCAAAGCUAAAUCAGAAAAAAUGUUCAUUUUUAUGUGAUGUGACCAUGAAAUCAGUGGAUGGAAAGGAAUUUCCUUGUCAUAAAUGUGUUCUUUGUGCUAGACUUGAAUAUUUUCAUAGUAUGCUGAGUAGCUCAUGGAUUGAGGCUUCCAGUUGUGCAGCUCUGGAAAUGCCAAUACAUUCUGACAUACUAAAAGUUAUUUUGGACUACCUCUAUACUGAUGAAGCUGUUGUGAUCAAAGAAUCUCAAAAUGUGGAUUUUGUUUGUAGUGUUCUUGUGGUGGCUGAUCAGCUUCUCAUAUCUCGACUGAAAGAAAUUUGUGAAGUAGCAUUAACUGAAAAACUUACCCUUAAGAAUGCUGCUAUGCUGCUGGAAUUUGCAGCAAUGUAUAAUGCUGAACAGUUGAAACUCUCUUGUUUACAGUUUAUUGGACUGAAUAUGGCAGCUUUACUUGAAGCAAGAUCUCUUGAUGUUUUAAGUGAUGGUGUUUUGAAGGACCUUUCUGUGUUUUACCGGAAAAUGAUUCCAGCAAUGGAGAGAAGAGUCAUUACACCAUAUCAAGAUGGACCAGAUAUUAGCUAUUUGGAUGUAGAAGAUGGAGAUAUCUUUUUGAAAGAAGAAGUAAAUAUGGAACAGAAUUACUCGGAAAGUAUGUUCAAGAAGACAAAAACAAAAGCGAAAAAGAAGCCACGUAAACGGUCAGAUAGUUCUGGAGGUUAUAAUCUUUCAGAUAUUAUUCAGAGUCCGCCAUCUGCAGGAUUGUUAAAGUCUGGUAAGACCAAUUCUGUGGAGUCUCUUCCAGAACUAUUGACAUCAGACUCUGAAGGAAGCUAUGCAGGAGUGGGUAGUCCUAGAGAUUUACAGUCUCCUGACUUUACAACAGGAUUUCAUUCAGAUAAGUCUGAGGGGAAAAUUAAAUCAUAUGUUAAUGGUACACCUCCUACAUAUUUUAGAGAAGAUUUAAAACCAUGGGAAAAAUCACCAGUACUUAAAAUAACUGCUCCACAGCCCAUUCCCAGUAACAGAAUUGAUACUACAAGCUCUUCCAGUUGGGUUUCUGGCUCUUUCAGUCCUGUCAGCCCUCCUGUCGUGGAUCUCAGAACCAUCAUGCAAAUUGAAGAAAGUAGACAAAAAUGUGGAACUACACCAAAGACAAAUUUGGGAAAAAUGAUUUCUCAUGGAGUUAAACUUUCUCAGAAGCAACGAAAAAUGAUUGCAAUGACUACCAAAGAUAAUAAUUCAGGAAUGAAUAACAUGGAAACAGCUUUAAGUGCUCCUUCAAAAAGCCCCAAGCCAGCAAAUGCAUGGGUAUCUUCUCAACAUUCAAUUUCAUCCAAGUCAUUCCGGGAUUUCUUAGUAGAAGAAAAAAAAUCUGUUACUGGCCAGAGCUCAGGAGAUCAUGUCAAAAAAGUUUGUUUUAAAGGAAUUGAAAAUUCCCAGUCUCCAAAAGUUUUAAGAUGUUCUACUCAUGGUUCCCCAGGACGAGAAGGCAACCACAUUUCAGAUGUACCACUUCCAGACAGUCCUAAUCCCUGGCUGUCUUCUUCAUUGACCAUUCCUUCCAUGGUAGCACCAGUCACUUUCGCUUCUAUCGUAGAAGAAGAGCUACAGCAGGAAGCAGCUCUUAUCAGAAGCCGAGAGAAGCCCUUGGCUUUGAUUCAGAUUGAGGAGCGUGCAAUACAGGAUUUGUUGGUUUUCUAUGAAGCAUUUGGCAACCCUGAUGAGUUUGUCGUUGUUGAAAGGACACCACAGGGGCCACUGGCAGUACCUAUGUGGAAUAAGCAUGGAUGCUAG